UAAACUGUCUGGAGGACAGAAGUAGCCUAGUCAUACUCUGUAUCAUUUCGUUACUGAGAAAAAUGGCAACCAUCUCAGCUACUACCCUAACCUCAUCGAUCACUCGCACUGGUCUUGUGCAUAAGCGACCUCUUGGGGUCUCUUCCUCUCCAGUUCUUGGUUUGCCAGCAAUGGCUAAGGUGGGAAGAGUGAGGUGCUCCAUGGAGGAAAAGCCUUCUGUGCAAGAAAGCAACUCAAAAAUGGGGAUGGGGGCAUCACUGAUAGCAGCUGCUUGCGCUGCAACCAUGUCAAGCCCAGCCAUGGCUUUGGUAGAUGAGAGAAUGAGCACUGAAGGAACAGGGCUUCCCUUUGGACUCAGCAACAACAUUCUUGGUUGGAUCCUGUUCGGUGUCUUUGGUCUUAUAUGGACUCUCUAUACUGUCUACACAUCAGAUCUUGAAGAGGAUGAAGAGUCAGGAUUGUCCCUUUAAAGCCUGUGUGAUGGAUCUUAGUAACUGCUGAGAGUCCAGUCAUUUUCUGUUGUAUUAAAAAAAACUUGUGUGAUUAAUUUCCUCCUCUUUCUUUGAACUCUCAAAUCUCAAUCUUUGUUACUUUAUUCAGUUGUUUUUUAUUUUAUUUUAUUUUGUUACACUAGCA